AUGGAUUCCGGCGCAACGGCAGACUGCCCAUCUCUCCCCUGGAGAACCUUCUCCUCCAUGACGAUGUGGGGAGUCGCUGGGUUGUGUCGCGCAUUUCUUUCGGGGCUGUGCCAUACGGAGGUGCAUGGCCAGGAGGCCUUUACGGAGCUGCUGGAUUCACGGCAGGAUCCUUCGCAACGUUCAAAGGGCUUGAUUACAGUAUCGAACCAUGUCAGUGUUUGGCUGACAAUGCGGGACAUCAGCAUGGACGACCCAUUAGUUUGGGGACUACUUCCCACGCGAUUCUGGAACCGACGGUGGUCUUUUGGGAGUCAUGACAUAUGCUAUCAAAACAGGCCCCUAGCGCUGUUCUUUACUAUGGGCCAGGUUCUGCCGACGCAUCGCCUUGCCCAUUCGUCUUUUGGUGGCCUGGGACAACCCGCUAUGACUGAGGCCGUUCGGCUAUUGUCCAAGGGCCCCUUCCCCGUUGACCACCAUCGCGCGAUUUCCGAAUACCAGCACUGGAGCCUUCAAAACGUCUGCGUUGAUCCCUUCUCCGAUCUUCCCGUCGCCUAUACAACCAACGGUCAAGAUGCACACCUGGCGCCCGCCGCAUAUGCAUGCAACUCCUACUCAUGGGUGCACAUCUUCCCCGAGGGCAAGAUUCACCAGGCACCGCGGAAGACCAUGCGCUAUUUCAAGUGGGGGGUCGCACGGCUGAUUCUCGAGGCUAGUGAAUGCCCUGACGUCGUGCCCAUGUGGAUCGAGGGCUUCGACAACAUCAUGCACGAAAGCCGCGAGUUUCCCCGUUUUCUCCCUCGGCCCGGAAAAAAGAUCUGCGUUACAUUCGGCUCCAAGGUGGACUCGGACGCAGUCUUCGGCGAUAUGAGGACGCGCUGGCAGAAGCUGAAAGCCAAGGCCGAAAAGGCCGACCCCCAAUCUCGAGACCUCCCCGUGGGUGUCUUGAGUGAGGAGUUGCUGAACAACAAAGAAGCUGUGGAGCUACGCAAGGAAGUCACGAUGAAAGUACGAAACCUUGUCCUCGACGUCCGACGGUCGCGUGGUCACCCGGAUGAAGACCCCAAGGAGGGUCUGGUUGAGACGUGGCUCGAGGAGGGUCCCAAGCGCGAGGGCCAUAUGAAGGACGAUUCCUGGGUCCGGGAUAUCUGA